AUGACUGAAUCUGCCUCUAGCACAAGUGGUCAAGAAUUUGAUGUAUUCAGUGUUAUGGACUGGAAAGAUGGAGUAGGCACGCUACCAGGAAGUGACUUAAAGUUUCGGGUAAACGAGUUUGGAGCCCUGGAAGUUAUCACAGAUGAGAGCGAGAUGGAAAAUGUUAAAAAAGCAACAGCUACCACAACUUGGAUGGUACCAACUGCUCAGGAAGCCCCGACCUCUCCCCCGAGCUCCAGGCCCGUAUUUCCACCUGCCUACUGGACAUCUCCACCUGGAUGUCCCACAGUCUUUUCAGAGAAGACUGGGAUGCCUUUCAGGUUGAAGGAUCCAGUGAAAGUAGAAGGGCUUCAAUUCUGUGAGAACUGUUGUCAGUAUGGCAAUGUAGAGGAGUGUCUUUCGGGAGGAAACUAUUGCAGCCAGAAUUGUGCCCGGCAUAUCAAAGACAAAGAUCAGAAGGAAGAAAGGGACGUAGGAGAGGACAAUGAGGAAGAAGAUCCUAAGUGUAGUCGGAAGAAGAAACCAAAAUUAUCUCUGAAAGCUGACUCCAAGGAGGAUGGAGAAGAUCGGGAUGAUGAAAUGGAAAACAAACAAGAUGGAAGAAUCCUGAGGGGUUCGCAGAGAGCCCGAAGGAAAAGGCGAGGUGAUUCGACUGUAAUAAAGCAGGGCUUGCCUCCUAAGGGAAAGAAAGCCUGGUGCUGGGCGUCCUACCUGGAAGAGGAAAAAGCUGUGGCAGUGCCAGCAAAGCUGUUCAAGGAGUAUCAAUCCUUUCCAUAUAACAAAAAUGGGUUUAAAGUUGGCAUGAAAUUAGAAGGUGUGGACCCCGAGCAUCAGUCCGUGUACUGUGUCCUCACUGUGGCUGAGGUGUGUGGAUAUCGGAUAAAACUGCACUUUGAUGGAUAUUCUGAUUGCUAUGACUUCUGGGUAAACGCGGAUGCUCUCGAUAUUCACCCGGUUGGGUGGUGUGAGAAAACUGGCCACAAACUCCAUCCUCCAAAAGGUUAUAAAGAAGAAGAAUUUAAUUGGCAGACCUAUCUAAAGACAUGCAAAGCCCAAGCUGCUCCCAAGUCAUUAUUUGAAAAUCAGAAUAUAACAGUGAUCCCAUCAGGCUUUCGAGUUGGAAUGAAGCUUGAAGCCGUAGACAAAAAGAAUCCUGCGUUCAUCUGUGUUGCUACGGUGACAGAUAUGGUGGACAAUCGUUUCCUGGUACAUUUUGACAACUGGGAUGAGAGCUAUGACUAUUGGUGUGAAGCAUCGAGCCCACACAUUCAUCCAGUCGGGUGGUGUAAAGAACAUAGAAGGACACUCAUUACUCCUCCAGGUUAUCCAAAUGUGAAACAUUUUUCUUGGGAUAAAUACUUAGAAGAAACCAAUUCUUUACCUGCCCCUGCAAGAGCUUUCAAAGUGAAACCUCCACAUGGAUUCCAGAAAAAAAUGAAGCUUGAAGUCAUAGACAAGAGAAAUCCUAUGUUUAUUAGAGUAGCAACAGUUGCAGACACGGAUGAUCACCGAAUAAAAGUUCACUUUGACGGCUGGAACAGCUGCUAUGAUUACUGGGUAGAUGCGGAUUGCCCUGAUAUUCACCCUGUGGGCUGGUGUUCAAAAACCGGGCAUCCUCUUCAGCCUCCUUUGAGCUCCUUAGAAUUAAUGGAAGCUUCAGAACAUGGCGGAUGUUCAACCCCAGGAUGUAAAGGGAUUGGUCAUUUUAAGAGAGUGAGACACCUGGGCCCUCACAGUGCUGCCAACUGUCCCUAUUCAGAAAUCAAUUUGAAUAAAGACCGAAUUUUCCCAGACCGCUUAAGUGGUGAGAUGCCUCCGGCUAGUCCAUCAUUUCCAAGAAAUAAAAGGGCAGACACAAAUGAAAUCUCUUCAUCUCCUGAAAUCAGAGACCAGCAUCCUGAUGAUGUCAAAGAAGACUUUGAAGAGAGAACAGAAAGUGAAAUGAGGACAUCACAUGAAGCCAGAGGUGCCCGGGAAGAACCUAGCCUACAACAAGCACAGCGCCGGUCAGCUGUCUUUCUGUCCUUUAAAUCACCAAUUCCAUGUCUGCCCUUGCGCUGGGAGCAGCAGAGCAAACUUCUCCCCACCGUAGCUGGAAUUCCUGCCAGUAAAGUUUCCAAAUGGAGCACAGAUGAGGUGUCAGAAUUCAUACAAAGCUUACCUGGCUGUGAAGAACACGGAAAGGUAUUUAAAGAUGAACAAAUUGAUGGAGAAGCCUUUCUGCUCAUGACCCAAACAGACAUUGUUAAAAUUAUGAGCAUUAAGUUGGGACCUGCUCUCAAAAUUUUCAAUUCUAUCCUGAUGUUCAAAGCUGCAGAGAAGAACUCUCACAAUGAACUUUGA